UUUCCUGCUUCUUUAUAAACUUCCACGUUCAUCUGCUAGAUAAUUAGAGGCCCAAAAUAAAAGCAACAAACAAGAAAAAGGAAAUAAUGGGCUCCUUAGCCAACCUCUCAAUGCUCUUCCUCAUCUUUCUCACCCACUUUUUUUUCACUUCCAAUGCAGCCACCUUCACAAUCCGUAACGAAUGCUCUUCCCCGGUCGGGGCGCCCGCCAGCCCAGGUGGGGGCCGCCGCCUUGACAGAGGCCAAACCUGGACUCUCAACGUCCCCGCAGGCACAUCCAUGGCCCGCAUAUGGGGCCGAACCAACUGCAACUUUGACGCUGCAGGCCGCGGCCGCUGCCAGACCGGGGACUGCGGCCUCCUGCAGUGCCAAGGCUGGGGAACCCCUCCAAACACCUUGGCCGAAUACGCCCUCAACCAGUACAACAACCUUGAUUUCAUUGACAUCUCCCUAGUUGAUGGAUUCAACAUUCCUAUGGACUUUAGCCCUACUAGUGGCGGGUGCAAGGCGAUUCGGUGCACCGCAGACAUCAACGGUCAGUGUCCUAAUGAACUGAGGACCCCGGGUGGAUGUCAAAACCCCUGCACGGUUUUCAAGACCAAUGAAUAUUGUUGCACAAAUGGAUAUGGUACCUGUGGGCCCACCACUUUCUCGAAGUUCUUCAAGCAAAGGUGUCCUGAUGCUUACAGUUAUCCACAAGAUGAUCCUACAAGCACGUUCACCUGCCCUGGUGGGACUAAUUACAGGGUUGUGUUUUGUCCUAAGGGGUCAUUAACAUCUGAUUCUGACCAUUUUCCUUUAAUGGAGAUGGUAGAUCAAGUAAUUUAAAUACUUAUAGAGAUCCUUAGAUGGGUUUCUGGUCAUGGCCGAAUAUAUAUAUGAGAUCUGAUCAUAAUAUAUUUUGCCAUGUUAAGAAUCAUAUGCGUGUUGUACAAUACGUAUAUAUAGCAUCAGUUACUACUUUUCCACGUUUACGGUUUAGGUAACAGCUGUUGUACUCAUAUAUACGCGUACAUUACAGACAUGUAUGUCUUGAAUAAAGUGCGUAUAUUAAAUAUAUUACACUGUAUGUUGUUA